GCCUCAUAAUAACUAGUCGCCAAUUUUUAUUUUUUUGUAAGGACUGGUCGGCCAAUCUCAGAUAGUACCCGAGCGUAAAAAAAAUCGACGGGCCACUUGGGGAGCGCAGUUCCAAAACCCUAAACCCUGUCAAAACCUCUGAGCGUCACAUCCUCUCUUCACAAAUGGCUACUGUACCAGUUAAUCCCAAGCCAUUCUUGAACAAUUUAACUGGAAAGCGUGUCAUAGUGAAACUCAAGUGGGGAAUGGAAUACAAAGGAUUCCUUGUCUCUGUGGAUUCAUACAUGAAUUUGCAGCUUGCAAACUCCGAAGAAUAUAUUGAUGGACAGUUCACAGGAAACCUUGGAGAGAUACUGAUCAGGUGUAACAAUGUUCUAUAUAUGCGCGGGGUGCCAGAGGAUGAGGACCUGGAGGAUGCGGAUCACGACUAGAAGUCAAAUUCUGUGACAAUCAACCUGUAUUUGAGACCCAGGGGUUUAGAUCACUAUAGUAUGACUCGUGUGCUUGGAUCUGAAAUUUGUUAAACAGCGUCGUGUUAAGUUAGUUUUCGCGUGCUGCGGUAACUGCAAGUUCCUCAGUGAUGCCCCAUAUUAACAUUGAAGUUAUAUUCAUGUCGCCUGAAACUGCAUUUGAAUGCCUUAUCAAAUAUUAUCGAGCAUCUCAUAAAUCUCA